AUGGUCAAAGAAUACCUCAAGGCGAUCGAAGCCAAAAUCGCCAAAAUUCCUGGAAUGCCGAAGCCCAUGGAAGAGGAGGUAGCAGAUGGUUAUAUAGAAUCUCCUUUCUCAGAAGAGAUCGCCAUGGUAGAAGUGCCGAAGAGGUUCAGCACGCCCAAUAUGACCAUGUACGAUGGAACAACGGACCCCGAUGAGCAUGUAUCCCUUUACAAGCAGAAGAUGAUGACAAGCUCAAUCCCUAGAGACAUCAGAGAGCCUAUUAUGUGCAAAGGCUUUGGAGCCACGAUAUCAGGAAUGGUGAACCUAUUCAAGAUCCAGUUUGCUAGCAGCAGAAAAAUCGAGAAGCAGUCUUCAGACUUGUACCGUGUUGUGCAGAGACAUGGUGAAUCCUUGAGAGAUUAUCUUAACAGGUUCAACAGGGAAAAGAUUGGGAUACAUAAGUGUAAUGCUCCCACAACAAUCGAAGCAUUCAAAAGAGGAUUUCUAGACCAUAGUGAGCUCUACAAGGAGUUGACCAAAUAUCCCUGUACAACCUUUGAAGAUGUGCAAGCCAAAGCUAUGGCUCAAGUCAAAUUUGAGGAAGAUGCGUAUGCAAGAAAGACUCCCGAGCCAGAUCGCCAGUCAAGAAGGAACAACAAUUUUCCUAGAAGGGAUCAUCGAUUCAAGCCGUAUCAUCGUUCCCGCUUUGAUGAGGGAUCAAUCAAUGCUGUCGAAGAAGAAUUUUCUGAUUGGAGGGAAGAUCCUGAACUCCCACCUAAGUUACAUGAGUAUUGCUUCAAUGUUAACCCUGCAGGAGUAAUUAGGACCCUAAAUAAGAUGGGAGAUACCGUGCAAUGGCCUAGGAGGAGUUACAGGCCUGGAGAGAAGAAAGAUCCAUCCAGAUGGUGUGAUUUCCAUUCAGAUAUCGGCCACACUACUGAUGAAUGCGUCGCUCUCAGAAAGGAAGUUGCAUACCUGCUAAAAAAGGGCUACCUCAAAGAACUCUUGUCGGAUAGAUCUAAAGCUUCAGGGAAAGAAAGAGAAUCUAAGCAAGGAGCAAAGCGGCAUGCAAAGGAGAGUAACAAAGAUCAACCUGACAAGAAGGAGAAGUCUAAGAUAGACAUUCCCAUCAUGUUUGAAGAAAGCGAUGUGGUAGAAGGCCAUCAUGACGGCCUAGUGAUUUCACUCCCAGUUGGAAACUGCAUGAUCAAGCGAAUCCUAGUUGACAACGGAAGCUCUGCAAACAUCAUCAUGCUUGAUACUCUGAAACAUAUGAACAUAGACGAAAAGAACAUCGUCAACAAGUCAACAAUGUUAGUAGGAUUCAGUGGGGAAACCAAGAAGACAAGUGGAGAGAUUACAUUGGCCACGUACGCAAAAGGAAUCAACCUACAAGUCAAGUUCCGAGUGAUUGACACUCUAUCUUCGUACAAUAUGAUCUUAGGCAGACCCUGGAUACAUGAGAUGAAGGCCAUCCCCUCUACGUACCACCAAGUCAUUAAGUUUCCUACUAGGUGGGGUAUUCAAGAAAUUAGAGGAGAUCCUAGGGAAGCCAAGGAAUGCUACAAAAUCGCACUAAAAGCAACAUUUGCAGAAAAGAGUUUAGCAUAG